ACAAUUUGAACGGUUUCAGCGGGCGCUACUGAACUGAAGUAGUUGUUUGCGAUCUUUUUAUAGUGGUGAAUUUAGCCGAUUGGGACAGCUGAACAUUUAGACGAAUAAUAUUACAUGAAAAAUAUCCACGUACCGGAUGCAAGUUAGUUGGAUACCAGUUGUUUUAUCAACCAUUGGUAAAAAGUCACGCUGCAACCAUGAGCUGCUCGGUUCUUUCGUGUACACGUUCUCUCGUAAAAACGUUCGAUGGCAAAAUACAGGAAUAUAUCAGUGAUAUCGAAAAUGUCCAUAUGGUCUGGCUGGAAGAAAUUCAGCAGGAAGCCAACCGGAUGUUUUCAAGUGACUUCAGUGCAGAACCAGAAUUGAUGCCAAAGACUCCAAUUCAGAAGAAAAACAGCCGCAGGAAACGUAUUUCUGCGGGCCAGGAAGAAAACCGCAAAAGACGGAGUUCAAAGGGCAAGCGCAACCUACGUAUAUCUUCAGUGAAUAAACUUAAUCUCAUUGCUGAAAAUGAAGUUGGCCCAGAGGCAGUCGCCUCUGAGUUAUUCCCAGAAGAGUCCAAACGCAACACUCGCCACAAGACAGCAGAGAGGGGGGCAGAAGAGAAGUCCAUCACAGAAAAACAUGAGAACUACUCCCAUACGCAGACAGAAACUGCAGUGGUGUGCGCUAGCUCCCACCCAUCCCCUUCAAGCACGCCCCAAUCUCCACCUCAGACACGCAUGCAAGAAGUUACGGUGAAACUUUCUGCUGCUGACCGCCUGUCUGCUGAGAUCCUGUUAAAGGCAGAGUCCUCUCCCGGCCGCUCCGUUGUUAAGAUUGCCAUAGCUACCACGGAACCCUCCAGUUCACGCAGAAGCUCCGUGCGGCAUUCCCUCAGCCUCCGGCGCUCCCUGGCUGGUCUGCGCCACAGCAUGACUCAGGCGUCAGUGCGCCGAGCCUCCAGACGCUCCUUCAUGAAGAAGAAGGCUCGUGCCGGAAGCUCCAGCAGGAACGUCAGUGAAGAUGUCUUGAUGUUGUCCAGUGGCGAAGAUGUGGUUGUUAAGACGGAAGGUGUGUGGUCAGAUGUAGACAUUCAGACGGGGAAUACAGAGACGUCUCCAGAAGAGAAGAAACCAGAGGUUCCCCACAGUCGUCUCACCCGCUCCACGGCCCAAAUCCCCCCCACCACGGUUUCCUCCGCUGCCAUCAGCAAGAGUGGCACCCCAGAGGAAUCAGAUGACCACAGGGAAAAGCCUCAAUCACAAUCAAGCUUGAGGUCUCGUUCAAACUCGAAGCGCAGAGCAGCUGAUGCAGCGGAGGACUUCCAGAGCCCCAGGAAGAAGCCCUCUCCCAAGAGAAGCCAGACUGCAAUAAGGCCCAACAUGAGAUCCUUCCUCCAGACUGUGCAGAAGAACCAGCUUCUGAUGAUGACUCCAAGCUCUAUGAGUCGCAGCAGUAUGAUGAAGUCCUUCAUCAAAAACACUACGCCUCACAAAGUAGACCUUGCGUUGAGCCGUGGUUUAGUGAAAAAAGAGCAACUGAAACUGGAUGCUCUUAAGAAGAAGCAGGAGCAGGAAGAGGAUCGAAGGAGAAAGAUGGAGGACGACAAGAAAAAACGACUAGAGGAGCUGAAAAAGAAGAGGGAUGAAAGACUGAGAAAGGUUGUGGAGGCUCGAGUGAAAGAUGAGGAGGAAAAGCUCAAGAUGAGAAGAGAGAAAAAUGACAAGGCUCAGCUGCGAGAGGAGCGCCUGGCAGAGGAGAAGGCCCGGAAGAUGGCUACCAAGCGCCAAGAAGAGCUGGAGCAGAGGCGGAAGUUGGAGGACGAAACGAGGAGGAAGAAGAUACAGCAAGCGGAAGAGGAGGAGAAAUGCUUGCAGGAGAUGCAGGCCAAGCGGAGGGCCGAGGAGGAACAGGAACGGGCUCGCAAGCUGGCAGAGGCCCGCCGGGCGAUCGAGCUGAAGAAGGAGCAGGAGCGUGAGAGGGAGAGAGAGGCUGCUGAAAGAGAUCGAGUGGAGCAGGAAAAGGCCCUUGCUCUGAAGAGAGAAGUGGAGAAGGCUGCGAGGGAGAAAGAGAAGAGGGAGCUGGAGGAAAUGAGAAAAGAGCUGGAAGAAAAGAGAAAGAGGGAGGCGCAGGCUGAGGAGGAGAGGGCUGCUAAGCUGAGGGAAGCUGCCAAGGAGAAAGAAGCUGCUGCUAAGAUCGCACUGUCAGGACAAGUUCAGCAUGCCGUAAUGAAGACGCCUUUACGGAAGGGACCAGGCUUGAAUGUGACUGUAGAUAUCGAGGGUUCGCCACAGUCCUAUGACAUCACGCCGAAGGGCGGCAACAAGCCCGUUGCAGGGAACUCAAACUCUGACGAUUAUGGGAUGGACCAGAAAAGCGAUGACUCGACUGAUGACGAAUCUGCUCCGAGGAAACCCAUUCCAUCAUGGGCAGAAGGCAUUAAUCUGAAGCAGUCAACAAUGAAACAGUAUUUCAACCCACUGGACUUGCACACUUACUUUGGGGAGGUUGAACUUCUAAAGCUGGAGAACAUCUUCUACAAGAGCAAGCCACGUUAUUUCAAACGCACCAGCUCUGCUGUAUGGAACUCGCCGCCUAAAAGGGGAAAUCUGCCAUUUUAAAAACAUCAGUGCUACAUUGAGAACAUUGGGUUUUGUUUGUUAGUAGAAGGGAUUGAUUUCCCUUUUAUUUUUUACAUAGUAGCAAAUGUGGAUUUGGGGAUUUUUUUAAAAUACAAUGUCUUUGUACUUUGAGAAACAACACAGUUUUACCAAGAUUCAUUCAGUGGCUGUUCUCAUUGUGGAGUUGGUGUGGAGAUGCUAUUGUGUCUCACCUUUUAUACUGGUCAUGGUAGGUAAUCACCUUUCAGUUAGCCUGUUCUGGAGAAUGCAUAGUGCCGACAUUAGUAUGUAGACGAAGAAAUCAAAUAAACAUAUAACCUUUUUUUUAUGGAAAACAUAUGCUUGGUUAAUAAAGUUAAUAGGCACUAUGUGUGUGGGAUAAACUGUCGUUUAAUUCUGAAAUUACCCACAAGCCUUUCUUUCAUUUCAUGUUGGCGUGAUCAUAAAACAGAAUUUUGUUUUUGAAUGCUCCAUUUGAGUCCCAACGUCUUACGCCUAUACAUCAUAAGACGUAGUGAUUUUGGACCGACUGCACGAGCUACAUAUAUCCACAAGUUCUGGAAUAAUAAAAGAUUGUUAGACAUGA